AUGCAUGUUCGUCACACUGAGGACAAGGUUCCUCACUCUGAGGAGAAGGUUGCUCACUCUGAGAACAAGGUUCCUCACUCUGAGGACAAGGUUCCUCGCACUGAGGACAAGGUUCUUCACUCUGAGGACUAGGCUCCUCACUCUGAGAACAAGGUUCCUCACUCUGAGGAGAAGGUUGCUCACUCUGAGGACAAGGUUCUUCACGCUGAGGACAAGGUUCCUUACACUGAAGACAAGGUUCCUCACUCUGAGAACAAGGUUCCUCACUCUGAGGACAAGGUACCUCACACUGAGGACAAGGUUCCUCACUCUGAGGACAAGGCUCCUCACUCUGAGAACAAGGUUCCUCACUCUGUAGACAAGGUUCCUCACACUGAGGACAAGUUUCCUCACUCUGAGGACAAGGUUGCUCACUUUGAGAACAAGGAUCCUCACUCUGAGGACAAGGUUCCUCACUCUCAGAACAAGGUUUCUCACUCUGAGGACAAGGUCCCUCACACUGAGGACAAGGUUGCUCACUCUGAGGACAAGGUUUGUCACUCUGAGAACAAGGUUCCUCACACUGAGGAGAAGGUUCGUCACUCUAAGGACAAUGUUCCUCAAACUGAGAACAAGGUUCCUUACUCUGAGAACAACGUUCAUAACACUGAGGACAAGGUUACUCACAUUGAGGACAACGUUCCUCACUCUGAGAACAAGGUUCCUCACGCUGAGGAAAAGGUUCCUCACUCUGAGGACAAUGUUCCUCACUUUGAGGACAAGGUUUCUCACUCUGAGGACAAGGUUCCUAACACUGAAGACAAGGUUCCUCACCCUGAGAACAAGGUUCCUCAGUCCGAGGACAGGGUUGCUCACUCUGAGGACAAGGUUCAUCACUCUGAGGACAAGGUUCAUCACUCUGAGGACAAGGUUUUCACUAUGAGGACAAGGUUUCUCGCGCUGAAGAGAAGGUUCCUCACCCUGAAGCCAGGUUUCUCACUCUGA